CCUUUGGACGAUGUUUCACUUCUAGAAAAACGACGCGAGAUGGAAUUCAAGCACGAAGGCAACGCUCUGUUUGUGGAUGAAGCGUACGAGGAGGCGGUGCGCAGCUACACACGUGCACUGGAGAAGCAGCCACAGGAUGCAGAUGCUCUUUCCAAGCGCGCGGCGGCGUAUCUGAAGCUGAACAAGCUGCAAGAGGCUGUGGCCGACGCCUCGCGAGCUUCUGAACUGGAUCCAACACUGCACAUGACGCACAUGCGGCACGGCGUGGCGCAGUUUGAGUUGGAAAAGUACGCGGAGGCCAAGCGAGCUUUCCAGAGAGGCAAAGAUACGGCACCCAAAGCGGAUGAAGCGCUGAUCAAGCGCUUCCAAACAUGGAUCCGUAAAUGUGACGCGGAACUGGACACUGAUGAUGAGGAGCUGGUUAUUCCGGAUGACCCUGUGCCAAUGCAAACCUCGGCACCGAGCAACCAGGGAGCUGCUGUGGUAGCACCAUUGCCCAUGAAGCCGACGAUCCGUCAUGACUGGUACCAGUCAAAUACACACGUGACGGUCUCAAUCCUUCAGAAGAAGCUUGCACAAGAUGAUGUUGAAGUUUCUAUUGAACCGAAGAAGCUUCUUGUGCGGGUAAAACUUGACGGAGAGAUGGCGGAGGCCUAUAACGAGGCUCUCUUUGAUGAAGUCAUUCCGGAUGAAAGCGCGUUCAAGGUUUUAGGCUCGAAAGUGGAGCUGAAGCUUAAGAAGAAGAGCAGCGGCAUGCAUUGGGACAAGCUCGAGGAGGUUGUGUACCAGUCGGGUGCGCAGGUUAUGACUGGCCCUGCCGCUGUCUUUGAGGCGAAACCGGAGCAAGUGCCACGUCCGUACGCGAGCAGUAGGGAUUGGAAUCAGAUCGAGAAGACCAUCGGCGACGAGCUGGAGGCCGAGAAGCCGGAGGGUGAAGAAGCGAUGCAGAAGCUCUUCCGGGAUAUUUAUGCCAAGGCCGACGAGAACACGCGCAAGGCCAUGAACAAGUCUUUCGUACGUGGCUGCUCUACGUGUUGUUUGUAGUGGUGUACGCACUAACGUGUGAUGCUCUCUGUCUCUGUUGCAACCAGCAAACGUCGGGAGGUACUGUGUUGUCCACCAACUGGAAGGAGGUAGCCGACAAGGACUACGAGAAGGAACGGACAGCACCAAGCGGAAUGGAGUGGAAGCAGUGGGGAUGAAAAAUCCCGCAGCCUUGCUAGUGGCAUCUUCGUAAGCAAGAUAGUUAAACGCUAGCUCAUGUGCACAUCACAACAUCAAGACUACGACGCAAAGAGACUAUUAAAGUACUUCAUUUAUCCGUGGUGAAUAUGUUAUUAGAUACCUA